AUGGCAGCCGAGCUGACCUCCAUCAAGCUCAAUCCAGAGAGUCACCUCAUUCUCGACCAACCACUCCUCCGCCUUCCCCAUGAACUAGCCCGCCGGAAUUUCAAAACGGUACAGCGAUCCGUAGAAAGAGAAAAAGAAUAUGUCAUCCCCGCGCUCAAAGAAGCCGCCAACGCCUCCUUAUCGAACACCCACACACCCGACCAAACCCUCGCCGCACUGGACGCCAUGAUCUCCCGCAUGCAAGGCCUGAAGCGGAAGAUGCAAAGCCUGCAAGAAGAAGAGAAGAAAAUACACACCCAGUCGCGCAAGCGAAUUCAACAUCUCGAGACACUACAUAAGAUCCCGAGCUUGGCUGAUGUCAAGUAUGAUCAAUGGUCGCGCGUGCGGCUAGAUCGGUUACUCGUGGAUCAUAUGUUGCGGUCUGGGUAUUCGGAAAGCGCGAAGCAGCUGGCAAAGGAUCGAGAGAUUGAAGAUCUGGUAGACCUGGGUGUUUUUACCCAGUGUCAGCGGGUUGUUGAGAGCUUGCGUCGUGGGGAGACUAAGGAGGCGUUGCAGUGGUGUGGAGAGAACAAAGCCGCGUUGAAGAAGAGCCAGCAUAACCUCGAAUUCGAGCUGCGGCUGCAGCAGUACAUUGAGAUGGUCCGAACAAAGGACAUACACAAGAAAGUGGAGGCGAUCACCCACGCCAGAAAGUACCUAACUCUCAAUGCCGAAUCCCAGAAAGAUGAAGUCAAUCAGGUUGCUGGGUUACUGGUAUUUACCCAGGAUUCGCGAUCAGAGAAGUAUAAGACACUAUUUUCCCCCGACCGGUGGAAGUAUCUCUCGGAUUUAUUCGUGCAGACUCACCAUGAGCUUCUCUCAUUGCCCUCACAGCCACUCUUACACAUUGCGCUGUCAGCAGGGUUGUCAGCACUCAAGACCCCACUCUGCCACUCAGCAUACACCUCAUCCAGCUCCAAUUCCCAGUCCACGUCUACUUCCGUGUGUCCAAUCUGUUCUACAGAGCUCAACGAAUUAGCCCGGAAGAUGCCAUACGCGCACCAUUCCAAGAGCUACGUCGAGGGCGACGCAAUCGUCCUACCCAAUGGCCGGGUCUACGGCAAAUCUCGACUUAUAGAAAUCAGUAAGAAUGUUGGAUCUGUCGAGACCGGCCAAGUCAAGGACCCAACGACUGGCGAAGUCUUCAACGAGAAUGAAAUGAAGAAAGUGUACAUAUUGUGA